GGGUUGCAGGAGCAAGUAGUGAUAUACAAAUCCAAACAAUUUGGUUGAGUACUAGAACCUGUGCUUUAAGCACUGUGAUUCAAAUAAUUAAUUUCAUCUUAUACAUAUUUGGGGGACUGGGUUCAUGGUCUUCAGUUUAGAAAGGGGGGGGGAGAACUAAAAACUGAACAAAUAAUGAUUAUUGAAAAACAUUAUGACAAAAAGUUUUAUUUUGUAUAAAAGACUUGUACUUAAAAGAAAAAUGUGGUUUUAGUUUUGAUAAUGCCUGACCAAUGAGAAUCUUUUUCAAGUUACUGUGGAGUGGCCUUAAUGCUGUAAAUAAUCCAAUUGGCCAAGUCCCAGUAGAGUGCAGAUGAGAAAAGGAUGCAGGAAAUUCUGUUGUUUACACAUGUGUCUGUUACACUGAGAAGCAAGAGGAGCCCAGCAAACUCAGACGGAGUGAAAUUAGAUGAUGAAUCAAAACAUGAAUUUAGACUCCGUUCAGAAACAAAUGGAAGAGACAGAGGUUUUUGGGACCCAAACAACACAACCUGAUAAAUUAGAUAGAUUUUGGCAAACAGGUGACCAUCUGUGUCAUUCAAAUCUACCAUCUCAAAGUUUCUACCCAAAUUCACCUCAUUAUGUACAUAUGCAUACACGUUACAGCAGUGACUGGGAAAUUUUUGAAGCAGUAAAAAUUCAGGAGCUGGAGGAAGUCAAAGCCAGAGCUGCCCAAAUGGAGAAGACCAUGCGCUGGUGGUCAGAUUGCACCGCUAAUUGGAGGGAGAAGUGGAGCAAAGUUAGAGGAGAAAGAAAUAAAGCACGAGAGGAAGCAAGACAAUUGAGAAUCAAAUUAGACAGUGUCAUAAAAGAGCUAAGUAUGCUUAAAAAAAUAAAUCAGGAUUUAGCAAGUGAGAAGGAAAACUCGGAAAAUGGAACUCCUUGGAAAAUGGAAUGUCAUUGCUCAGAAAUAUCCUGUAUUAAAAAAGGCCAAAACCUGUUAAUGUUUCUGGAACCAGAACCUCCGAAAGACCAAAACAAGAUCAUCAAAAUUCCUGGGGCAGAAGACACAAAGAAGGAAUUGAACAAAGACCAAUGUAACAAUAAUAAAACAUUCAGCCCAAAGCCUCCUGAUUUCUUCCCCAAUGGACUUCCCAGCAUCUAUUUGGAGGAACCUAAAAUAAGUUUGGGCACUACAGCUAAGACAACAGAGAAUGAUUUGAUACAUGUAUCAGUCUUAAAUUUGCAUUUGGCUGAGAUGGGAAAAAUCUUACAGAAGGAAAGAGAAAUGAAUAUAUUUCUGGAGAAAGAAAUGGAAAAGAUGGAAAAUGAAUUAUUUCUUUGGAAAUGGAAAUAUGAAGAACUGAGACAAACCAAGCUGGAAAGCCUGAAACAGCUGGAAAGAAUGCAGUGCAAGAAUGCCACUGAAUGGGGAAAGAGAGAGCAACUAGAAGCAGGAAAACAAAGUUUGGAAGAAGAGACCAGAAAACUAAAAAUGCAGAGUAAAGAGGCAGAAGAAGGUGAACACAGGAUUUGGGACCAGACAAAGUUCCUUGUUUGCUGUUGGAGAGUCUACCACGACAGUGAGUGAAGAUACAAGAGAUUACCAAAAAACCCUGCAGCAACAAGGCUAACAGCAAAGAGGAGAGGCAAACACUGUUCAUAAAGACAUACAAGAAAAUCUCACUGAAGAAGAGUCAGAUAUAUACAGGAAUAUUGUAUGCAUUGACAUAUGCAUAUGCUAGAGUCAGGGUGCACCUAUUUAGAAGUUAUAUUGGCCAUUGUCAUUCCUUUCCAGUUGCUCUAACUGUUCUCUUCUAAAGAAAAGAUGGACUUUAAUUAAAUUGUCCCAUAUUUUAUCUUUGGGAAAAAGGACUUUAGAAUGUGCAUGGUAUAUGAGCGAGCAAUGUUCAUAUUCUGUCCUGGGAAGACAUUGGGUCUGAUAUGGAAGGCAGUAGUUUGUUUCUUGCUUUGCUUGUGUGUUCCACUUUCAUACAGAGGUGGAAAAAAAUCUGUAUCACAGUACCACCUGUUCUACCAGGGUGACAAUUUUCUCUCAUUAAAAAAGAAGAAAAAAAUAUUUUAUUUUAAAUACCCAAAUAUUAUCACAUACACAUUUUGAUUAAAGAAAUAUCCUUUCCUUAUGUGUUUCUUAUACUCAUCACAUAAUAAAAUUAAUGCAUCUCAAAUUCAUCUUAUUGUCUAAAUAUCACAUUUGAAUUUAAAUUUUACAUUAUUUAUUGUCCAUGUAAAAAAAUUUGUAAAUGUCACGUAGGAAGUAACAUAAGUAUGUUAAGAUAAACUGGAAAAGCAGAUUUUGAGGAUUUUAGAAAAUUCCCAAUUUAUAAAAACAUCAGCAAUUAUCAGCCAUGAAGUGAGACAAAAAUUAUAAUUUUGUUUGCCAUGUGCAAUUGAUAAUGAGUAUGUGCAGGUUCUGUUUCACAAAUAUUGCUGUAAUUGUUCAGCAAUAUGUUUGUUUCAUUCCUUAUAUCCCCAUAAACUGAAAACUUAUCUGAGGGCUCUAGUUGUAUCUAAAGCUAUGUCCUUCCUAUGAGAGAAUUGUGAGAUGUCUUAAUUUCUUUUGUAACCUACAAAAAAUGAAAAAUAUUAAAGAUUAUUGAUUACACAAGAAUCCCAUUUUUCCGAUGAAUUCUCUGAGCUGCAGAUGCUUGGAAGCUGGGAACAAGAUGUUCUUAUGAUCAUCUCUUGAGCUUUAGGCUG